AUGUCGUCGAUUUCGACGAUAAAUUUCAUUCCACGACAAAAUCGUCUUCGUUAUAUCUAUUGGCGACAGUUACAUAGACAACAACGUAUAUUUGUUAUUGUUAUUGUUUUGUUAUUAGUAUUCAUUUAUUUUGGCUAUCGGUCCCAUGCUACAGAACCAGCUAAUGAACAGCCACAUGAAUAUCAUCGUGAUGAAAUAAAUAAAGAUAAAGAAGCGUGGCAACGGAAACAAAAAGAAGAAAGUCAAGCAGGUAAAUUUAAACCUCAAAAACAAUAUUUUUCAAAUCCAACAAACGAACGUCAAAUAGCAGUACGAGAUGCUAUGCGACAUGCAUGGAAAGCAUAUCGUACAUAUGCAUGGGGUUAUGAUGAAUUACUACCCAUAUCUAAAACACCUUCACCAUGGUUUGGACUUGGUUUAACUAUUGUUGAUAGUAUUGAUACAUUAUAUAUUAUGAAUAUGACUGAAGAAUAUAAAGAAGCUCGUGAAUGGAUUGAAAAAUCGUUUAGCUGUGAUUCAGAUUCUGUCGAUAAAUUUAAUUCACAUUUUGAAAUAACAAUUCGAGUUUUGGGUGGUCUACUUAGUACUUAUCAUCUAUCAGCGGAUGAUAUAUUUUUACAACGAGCAAUUGAAUUAGGAGAUCGUCUUUUUAUUAAUUUUAAUACUCCAACACGUUUACCAUUAGCUGAAAUCAAUAUUAAACGAAAAGCUGCUAGUGGUUAUCGGUGGACGUCAGAUUCAGCUCUAUCAGAAGUCGGUACAGUUCAAAUUGAAAUGCGCGAUUUAUCACGAGUUAGUGGCGAAAAGAAAUAUGAGGAUGCAGCUGAUAAGUCAGCAGCUGUAUUACAUCAUCAAUCAAAAAAAGAUGGUCUUCUACCGAUAUUCGUGAGUCCAUUAACGGGACGAUCUUCUGGUGGUGUUGUAUCUCUUGGUGCACGUGGUGAUUCUUAUUAUGAAUAUUUGCUCAAACAAUGGUUACAAACAGGACAACAAAGAUCUACGUUUUGGGAUGAUUGGAUUGAAUCUAUGGACGGUGUACGUAAACAUCUUUGGCGUUUAGCUUAUCCAGACAAAUUGUAUUUUGUCGGUGAAUUAAUGAGUAUGUCAACAUUUUCACCAAAAAUGGAUCAUUUAGUUUGUUUUCUUGCUGGUAAUAUGGCACUUGGUUGGUCUUAUAAAAAAGAUUUAACCUAUCUUCUUGAUAUGGCAAAAGAUUUAACAAAAACGUGCUAUCAAACCUAUGCAAAACAAGCAACAGGUCUAAGUCCUGAAAUAGCAUAUUUUAAUACUGAUCCACAAUCAAAUGAGCCAACUAUAACUGUUCGAGAUAAUGACGCACAUAAUUUAUUACGUCCAGAAUUAAUCGAAUCAUUAUAUUAUAUGUAUUUUUUAACGGGUGAUACGAUCUAUCAAGAUUGGGGUUGGAAAAUCUUUCAAUCAUUUGAAAAAUAUACUCGACAAACUGAUGGUUAUUCAUCAAUUAAUGACGUACGAAAUCCAGAUAAUGUUCGACCACGUGAUAAAAUGGAAAGCUUUUUUCUUGCUGAAACAUUGAAAUAUUUAUACUUACUCUUUGAUAAAAAAAAUCUAUUUCCUUUUGAUCAAUGGUUAUUUAAUACAGAGGCACAUCCUCUACCCAUUUAUAAAAAUUAA